AUGGGCUCAUCUGUCUCGAAGCACGACAGCAAAGAAGCACUUCAGCUCUGCAAGGGUCGGCUCAAGUACAUUGUACAAGCAAUUGAUGCAAGAUAUGCCCUUUCUGCUGCUCACCUGUUAUACGAGCAAUCUCUGCACAAUGUUGGGAUUGCUUUGAGGCAGUUUGUGGAGUCACACAAUGACGGUGAUCUGGGGAAGUCUCCUCGCUCUUCACCAUCCCCAUUGCAACCUGCAGACGGUGCUAAGUUUUCACCAGUACUGGUACCCGGUAGUUUUGAUGUUAGUUGCAUGAGGUCAGAGAUAAGCCCAUCCUUGACAGUGAGAGUCAACCCAAAUGAUGCUAGCUUUAGCAAAGAAGGGCAGCCCAUUCCUAUUUCAUGUCCAUCACCGCUGUCCUCGGACGUUUGCUCCUCAUGGGAUUUCUUUGAUCCAAAUGAUGUGAUUCAAAAUUCUGCAUCCCAUGUUCCAGAGAACAGCGUGAACAGUAGAGUGGGAAGUUUGGAGGAUUUUCGCCACACAAAUGAAAGGGAUUUGGCUUCCUCGAUAGGAGAUACGAGUCAAAUAGCUGAGAUACAAGAAGAACUGGGUACAUAUGGAUGUAAACAAGUGGAUGAUAAUUAUGACAGUCCUAAUUUGAAUAACAAUGAUUGUAAUGAAAUUGAGAUUGCUGGUAUGCAUUUACCAAAUGAUUCGAGCUCGAGCUUAAUGAAAGGACAUGAUCAAGUGCGGACGCUGGUUGAAGAGGGGCAGAAUCCUAUAUGUAUGGGCAAUAAUGGAAAAAAUGAUGCCUACUAUAACAAGGCUAAUGUACCCAAUGGAUCUAGUGAAAGGGGAGAAAACAAGGGCAAUUUUCUGUCCGAUGUCAAAGAACUUGAGCAUCUAUUUACUAGGGCAGCUGAGUCUUGCCAUGAGGUCUCCAAGAUGCUUGAGACAAGGAAGAUUCGACUCGGCGUUUCUUCCCAGUUAACAGGGAAAUCAUCCGGUGCACUUUCUCUGUCAUCAUCCUUGGUCUGUUGCAAAGCCGGAAAUGCAGCAUCCCAUGAAUUAGAGCAGCAUGCCACAAAAGUAAUCGCUAGGAACCGGUCACUUUCAUCACGAUCAUCGUCAUCUAAGAACCCGCUACUCUUGUCAGCUCAACAGGAUGAUGACUCUCCCGAAAGCUGUAGCGAUUUUGUUGAAGAGUUUGGUAUGAUUUCAGGAAGCCAUGCAUCCUCUUUAGAUAGACUCUAUGCUUGGGAAAGAAAGUUGUAUGAUGAGUUAAAGAGCAGUGAACCAGUCGAGAAGAUAUAUGACAAAAAGUGUGGUCAGUUACUCCACCAGUUUGCAAGGGAUGCAAAUGUUAGGCAAGUUGACAAAACUCGAGCCACUGUCAAAGAAUUGUAUUCGCGACUUAUGGUACGGAAGGAAGUACUAUACAUAAUUUCAAAAUUAAUCGAGAAGUUACGAGAUGAAGAGCUGCAGCCCCAACUUCUUGAAUUAUUACAAGGGUUGAUGCGCAUGUGGAGCAUGAUGCAGGAAGUUCACCAAAUGCAGCAGAUCAUUAUCUCACUGGCAGAUACAAAAUCCUCAUCAGUAUCUCCCCCAAGCGAGUCGCACAAACAUACCUUGAUGAACCUUAUCACCGAGUUGGAAUUCUUCUACACCAGUUUGAUAAACUGGGUUGAUGCUUACAAAAGCUAUGUGGGUGGUCUUCACUCCUGGCUACAGAAAUGUGUGGUGGAACCACGACAUCCCUCACGGGGAAGAAGGCUGACCCUCUCACCUCGUGAACACCUUGCUCCUCCCCUAUUUGUUCUCUUUGAAGAUUGGUCCACAGGAAUCUCAUCUCUCCCAUCUGAAGAGCCAUGGGAUUCCAUCAAAAACCUUAUAGCUGAUCUCAAGAAAAUGUACAAGCACCAGGCAGAACAUAAACUAGCAAAGAAGAAACCUUCAGACAGUGGGGUAGACGCCAACACAGGCAAAUCAGUUGCAGAUGGUGGGAAAUCAGAGACUGAAUCAAAGCUGGCAACCCUGCAGGACGGUCUAACCACAAUGUUUAGUGGACUGUCGGAGCUGUCAGGCGCCAUGGCCAGCCUGUCUGAAAAUGUGAAACGAGAGACAGAGAUUGCCCAGGAGGCGUAUACCAUUGGUCGUCGAUAG